AUGAGAAUACAUAGGAAUAUGAUUUAUAACAGAAUGCAUUUAUUUAUAAUCCUUGUUUUGGCAUAUACUGUACAAGCUGAAGUUCCAAAAGGGAUAGAUAAAAUACCAAAAGUUAAAGUCAAUAAAUGCUGUGAGAAAAAUGAAAUUUAUAUAGGAAAACACUGUGUUAAGACCAAUAAAACUAGUGAAGAAUGGAUGCCUCUUUUUGUUACUGAAAAAGGAGUAAGCAACCUGCAAAUCAAUUACACGUUAAUUAUUGGGCGUCCAGAUUGUGGGCAUGUACAAACAUGGCCAAUUUAUCAUUAUUAUAAUUCUACUGACAGAUUAAGAUUAUUACCUAAUGGUGUCUUAAGGCACUAUUUUGAUCAUAUUGAUAUUCCUGAUGCAUUUGAUUUAGAUAAUAUAAACCCCACUGCCCCAUAUUAUGAUUAUGAACAAGGAAAAUAUUGUAUUGAUAAGAAAGAAGAAGGAAUUACCAGUGAAUUUGCUUUGGUGUGCCUUCCAGAUGCACACAGACAAUGGAUAAUGAGCACAGAAUUUUUAGUGUACAAUGUAGUAAAUCCCAUAACACAUGGAAUAUCAAUGGUUUGCCUAUUAAUUGUGGCAAUAAUAUACUUUGUAAUGCCAACUUUAAGAGACUUAACAGGAAAUAUAAUAACUACCAUAUGCAUGUGCCUUAUAGUCAGCCAAACUGCUGAUAUGAUAAGACUACUGACUGUUUUUAAAAACCAUAUCAGUUUAAUGAUUACUGAAACAAUAUGUUACUUAAGUAUGCUGGGUGCGUUUUUCUGGCUAAAUAGUUUAGCCUACUAUAUUUGGAAAACUUUCAAAUCAAGAAAUGUGUUUUUACGUAUUACUGAUGGUAAAAAAUACUGUUACUACUCUGGAUAUGCCUGGUCUUGUACACUUGUUUUAGGCGCACUUGCAAUUUUUGCUCACUUUACCAUGGAUUAUCCAGAAAUGGGCUUACAACAGAAAUCUACUAAUGAGGAAGAAAGGGAACAAAUAGGUUCACUUGGCACAAUUAUAUUUUUUGUACCUGUUGCUUUUACAGUUUUAGCAGAUGUGUUCUUCUUCGCUACUACUUUAAAAAUAAUAAACAGAAUGCACACAUAUGGAAGAAUUCAUCACAAGCUGCGUCACACUUUUCGCAUGUUCGUUUUGCUGAUGCUGGUGAUGACACUAAAAUGGCUGUUCUUUUUGGCUUCAUUUACGAAGUAUGAAGCUCUCAUCAAUGCACAUAUAUUUUUUAAUACGUUCGAAGGUCCUCUGAUACUGUACGUGUGUAUUUUUAAUCAGAAACAUAUCGCGUAUUUAUUGCAAAAAACGUGUUGCUAUACAACGUUUCCUUGUUGUAAGCCAGAUCCGGAAGUAGAAUGGGGAGAUGAAAUGACAGCAAUGAAUACUUUGAAUAAUUAUUAG